ACUUCAGUUCCCAGGACGACCCGGGCGCUCGGGCGGAAGCUGCCGGACCCGGCGGCCGGAGAGGUGGAGUGCACCUUGAGAGGGGGUCGCUGUAGGGGACCGGCUGUCGCCUCGACUGCCUCCGGCCACCCGGCCCUCCCUGGGCCUCGCCGCCGCUCCGGCCGCCAUGAAGGAGUCGCUCGUGCUGCUCGGCCGUGUCCCGGCGCACCCGGACUCCCGCUGCUGGUUCCUGGCCUGGAACCCCGCGGGGACGCUGCUGGCCUCGUGCGGUGGCGACCGGCGAGUCCGCAUCUGGGGCAAGGAGGGUGACAGCUGGAUCUGCAAAUCUGUCCUGUCCGAAGGCCACCAGCGCACGGUGCGGAAGGUGGCCUGGUCCCCUUGUGGGAAUUACCUGGCCUCUGCCAGCUUUGAUGCUACCACCUGCAUUUGGAAGAAGAACCAGGAUGACUUUGAGUGUGUCACCACUCUGGAGGGCCAUGAGAAUGAGGUCAAGUCUGUGGCCUGGGCCCCAUCUGGUAACCUCCUGGCCACCUGCAGCAGAGACAAGAGUGUGUGGGUCUGGGAAGUUGAUGAAGAAGAUGAGUAUGAGUGUGUCAGUGUCCUCAACUCCCAUACACAGGAUGUAAAGCAUGUGGUUUGGCACCCAAGCCAGGAGUUGCUAGCUUCUGCCAGCUAUGAUGACACUGUGAAGCUCUACCGAGAGGAAGAGGAUGACUGGGUGUGCUGUGCCACCCUUGAGGGCCAUGAAUCCACAGUGUGGAGCUUGGCGUUUGACCCCAGCGGCCAGCGCCUGGCCUCUUGCAGCGAUGACCGGACAGUGCGCAUCUGGCGCCAGUAUCUGCCAGGCAACGAGCAAGGGGUGGUGUGCAGUGGCUCUGACCCCAGCUGGAAGUGUAUCUGCACCCUGUCAGGCUUCCACACCAGGACCAUUUACGACGUCGCCUGGUGUCAGCUGACAGGGGCUCUGGCUACAGCUUGUGGGGAUGAUGCCAUCCGGGUGUUUGAAGAGGAUCCCAGCUCAGAUCCGCAGCAGCCCACCUUCUCCCUCACUGUGCACUUGCCUCAGGCACAUUCCCAGGAUGUCAACUGUGUGGCCUGGAACCCCAAAGACCAGGGGCUCCUGGCCUCCUGCAGCGAUGAUGGAGAGCUGGCUUUCUGGAAGUACCAGCGGCCCGAGGGCCUCUGAACUACCUUUGCCUUGGACAACAUUAUGGUUCCUUAGAAAAGACUUUUCCUGGUUACUGAGAGAACCUGAAGAGCAUUUCAGACCUUCAUCUGGUUCUGCUCCUUCAGUUUGGACUCAAGGGGAACCGUGAAGUCACAGACACUCUUUUUGCUCCUUUGACUCUUGGUAAACAGCUUCAGAGCAUCAUCCAUUGUAGUCAGGCCAGGUUUUGUUUGCUUCAGGGUAGAGGCCUCUUAGACCUUUCUGAAAUCACAAGCUUCAUGGAAGUAAAUGUGAAAUCACAAGUCCUGCUUUCUGAGGACAGUCACUUUUUGAAAGAAUCCCAUGGUGAGUCCUUUCCUGCACCAGGUCCUGCCUUCUUCAGUUCCGGGUCAAGUCUUGUACUUAAGACUAUUACUGUGGGAUAUUAGUGGUUGAGCAAGCACAUAGCUUGAACGUGUCACACCCUGCGUUCAUCCCUGUUACCAUCCAAAGUUCAGAAUAUCCAAGGAAGCCUUUGAAGGGAGCCUGGUUUUGAAAGUAAGACAGCUCUGUUUUCCUCAGAUCCCCCAGUGUACUUUCUGUCAUGUGCUAUGCUGGCAACUAGAGAAUGCUAAAAAAUAAAUGGGAAGGAUAUGAACCCUAAA